UUUCUAUCCAUUGCAGCUACAUUCAUCGAGCUCCCAGAAAAACAAGAAUGUCCUCUUCUCCCUUCCCUUCUCGUCUCCUACCUCUCCCUGCCAAACCGCCGCCGUCGCCGGCAACCUCAACCACGUUCUUUCGCCUGCUGGCGCCGGACCGGCCUUUCGGAGCCUCCACGAAAGCGUCCCGGUUCAAGUGCUCCGCCGGGGGGUCCGGCUUUUUCACCAAGCUCGGCCGGUUAAUAAAGGAGAAAGCCAAGAGCGAUGUGGAGAAAAUAUUUUAUGGGUUCUCCAAGACUAGAGACAAUUUAGCCGUUAUUGAUGAGCUCCUGCUUUAUUGGAACCUCUCUGACACCGACCGGGUUUUAGAUGAGCUGGAAGAGGCAUUGCUAGUUGCUGAUUUUGGACCUAGGAUUACUAUAAAGAUAGUGGAGAGCUUGAGGGAUGAUAUAUAUGCCGGCAAUCUCAAAUCCGGCAGUGAAAUCAAAGAUGCCUUGAAGAGGAGUAUAUUGAAUUUGUUAACAGCAAAAGGGCUUAAAACUGAGUUGAAGCUGGGUUUCAAGAAACCGGCUGUUAUCAUGAUUGUUGGUGUCAAUGGAGGUGGUAAGACUACAUCUCUUGGAAAGCUGGCCAAUAGAUUGAAAAUGGAAGGGAGCAAGGUAUUGCUGGCUGCAGGGGACACAUUUAGAGCAGCAGCAAGUGAUCAAUUAGAGAUAUGGGCGGAAAGAACAGGUUGUGAGAUUGUUGUGGCUGAAAAAGAAAAUGCCAAAGCAUCAUCAGUUCUUUCACAGGCCGUGAAACGGGGAAAAGAACAAGGUUUUGAUGUUGUUUUAUGCGACACGUCUGGACGUUUGCACACUAAUUACAGCCUUAUGGAAGAACUGAUUGCAUGCAAGAAAGCUGUCGGGAAAGUUGUUUCUGGCGCACCCAAUGAAAUCUUGCAAGUGUUGGACGGAACAACUGGGUUGAACAUGCUCCCACAGGCAAGGGAAUUCAAUGAUGUUGUUGGCGUGACUGGUUUGAUUUUGACGAAACUAGACGGAUCUGCCAGAGGUGGAUGUGUGGUAAGUGUAGUUGACGAGCUCGGUAUUCCCGUGAAGUUUGUAGGUGUUGGAGAAGGCGUGGAGGAUCUCCAACCGUUUGAUGCCGAGGCAUUUGUAAAUGCAAUAUUUCCAUGAAAUUUUAAUCGAUCACCGACUUCUACACCACUAGGCAACAGUUGCAUGAAAAACAACACUGGACUUGAGAUUGCCUCGGUAAAAGCAGGUGCACUCGGCCUAUCAAGUGUUCAGCUGAGUCGGGAUAAGAAUUUUUUGGGUUACAUCCAUUUAGUACUGGAAGCAUUGUUGUAGAUUCAAAAUUUUGAACAUGGAAUUUGUAAUUAAGUUGACUUGUGAAGGAUAUUUAGGGUAUUUAGUUUUUCUGUGUGCAGACAAAGUACAUCUUUAUGCAUGAAGUGCACACACAAACAUGCACACAUACACACAC